AGACCAAUCAAUAUUCACUUGCUAUAUAUAACGUACGUCAACAUGAAUUGUAGGUUUUUCACAUGUAAGUUGGAGAAAAACCCGUUUCACCAUAAUAAUUAACUCCUCUUCCUCCUCCUCGUACCGGCGGCGCCACCCUCCUCUUCCACCCCCAAAACCACCAUCACCAUCACUGAUACACAAUUGGGAAUGUAAACGCAUCCAUAAUCUUCCCCCACCCGAACACCAAAGAAACUCCAUCUGCCAUAAAAAUGAUCCCAUUGUUACGUUAAUGUUUUGAUUAAAUAAACAUGAAUAUAUGAUGAUUAAAGGAACAAUCGCAUUGCAUUGUUGACAUCGUUGAAGGACAAAAACCCAUCUCCGAUUGGGAUUUUCUGAGGUGGGUUUCUUCAGUUUAAGGGUGUUUCAGGUUUUGGGGGGCCUUGGCCAUGGCGGCGAUUGUGAAGGAGAUCCUGGCAAGGCCAAUACAAUUGGCGGACCAGGUGAGCAAGGCCGCCGACGAGGCACAAUCAAACAAACAAGAGUGCAUGGAGCUCAAAUCCAAGACCGAGAAGCUCGCCGGCCUCCUCCGCCAGGCAGCGCGUGCGAGCAACGAUCUCUACGAGCGCCCCACGCGUCGCAUCAUCGACGAUACGGAACAAGCCCUCGACAAGGCCCUCACCCUCGUCAUCAAGUGCCGAGCCACCGGCCUCAUGCAACGCGUCUUCACCAUCAUCCCCAGCGGCUCGUUCAAAAGGAUCGGUCAGUCCCUCGACAACAACAUUGGAGACGUGUCGUGGCUCCUCCGAGUCUCAGCCUCCUCCGACGACCGCGACGACGAGUAUCUGGGGCUUCCCCCGAUCGCCUCCAACGAGCCCAUCCUCUGCCUCAUUUGGGAACAGAUUGCGACCCUCCACACUGGCUCGAUGGAGGAGCGAUCGGAUGCGGCAGCUUCUUUGGUGUCGUUGGCAAAAGACAACGACAGGUACGGGAGGCUGAUUAUUGAGGAAGGCGGGGUGCCUCCGCUGCUGAAGAUGCUGAAGGAAGGAGGAAACGAAGGACAGGAGAGCGCAGCCAGGGCAAUUGGGUUGUUAGGAAAGGACCCCGAAAGCGUUGAACAGAUUGUGAACGCGGGAGUCUGCCCAGUGUUUGCGAAAAUCCUCAAAGAAGGCAACAUGAAAGUCCAGGCGCUUGUCGCCUGGGCAGUCUCCGAAAUGGCGGAGAAUCAUCCGAAAUGCCAAGACCCUUUUGCGCAAAACAAUGUCAUCCGAUUGCUCGUGAGUCAUCUCGCUUUUGAGACGAUUCAGGAGCAUAGCAAGUACGUCAUACCGAGCAAGCAACAAAUGUCGUUGCACUCGAUUGUCAUGGGGAGCAGCAAGAACACCGAGCAUCAGACGGCACACCCUAUAACGGGGAAUCAAAACACGUUUAGUCAGAUGCAGAAUCUUGUGAGUAGCGCAAUGACUAUGAAGAAUCAGGGUUCGGCUCCCCCUGACUCUGCUCAUGGCCAAGGGAAGCCGACUCAGAAUAGCAAUCACCAGAACCUUCAUCAUCCACCUCCAACUCACCACAUUGUGAGACCACACAAUCACCAUGUGGCGCUGUCCGGGGCUAGCAUCAAGGGGAGGGAGUACGAGGACCCCGAAACCAAGGCGGAGAUGAAGGCAAUGGCGGCGAGGGCACUGUGGAAGCUUUCCAAGGGGAAUGCGAGUGUUUGUGGCAGCAUCACGGAGUCAAGAGCGCUUUUAUGUUUCGCAGUUUUACUAGAAAAAGGUUCUUGGGACGUUCAGCAGAAUUCGGCCAAAGCACUGAUGGAGAUAACCGCAGUGGCUGAGCAGAAUGCGGACUUGAGGCGGUCGGCUUUCAAGCCAACAUCCCCCGCCUGCAAAGCCGUGGUCGAGCAGCUUCUGAAAAUAGUCGAAAAGGCAGACUCCGACCUGCUUGAACCGUGCAUACAAGCGAUCGGAAACUUAGCAAGAACUUUCAGAGCAACCGAGACGCGAUUCAUUGGCCCAUUGGUGAAGCUGCUCGAUGAAACAGAAACGAGUAUUUCUACGGCGGCUGUGAUUGCACUGAACAAGUUUGCAUGCACUGAAAAUUUCCUCCACGUAAAUCACUGUAAAGCGAUUAUAGACGCUGGGGGAACCAAGCAUCUGAUUCAACUGGUUUACUUUGGGGAAUCCGGAGUGCAGAUUCCGUCGUUGAUUCUGCUGUGCUACAUUGCACUGCAUAUUCCGGACAGCGAGACGCUUGCUCAGGAGGAGGUACUGAUUGUGCUAGAAUGGUCGACAAAGCAGGCUCAUUUGGCGAAUGAUGAGUCAGUCGAACAAUUGUUACCGGAAGCUAAAAGUAGGCUGGAGCUUUAUCAGUCUAGAGGAUCAAGAGGAUUUUAUUGAUGUAAUCAAGGUGUACAAUAUUAACUUUUUAGGGGAUAUAGCCAAAAAAGAUUUAAUCUCAGUGUUAACUGUUUUGUUUUCGUUUCUUCGUUAUCUAAAGAUGUACAUAACAUAUAGGGUUAAUCUCUGUUUACUAUCUUGAAGUUUUGUGGCUUUCAACAUUUAGUACAUGAAGUUUUUUUCAUCCCAGAGUCAUACCUCAAGUCUUAAUUUGGGACAGUU